UACAGACUAAGCACUAGACCAAGCACUGGGUCCUAAACAAAACACCGACCUACGACUGGAGCAGGAGGGGUACAUGGGUAUGUGGGUAUGUUUUCAUAAGCCUAGUUUACUGUGCCAGCUGAGCUUUCGAGAAAGCAGGGAAGUAAAUUCCCCCAGCCCCCCAUCUCUGUACUGUAAUCAGAUGUCGUAACUUAGUAUUUCAAUGCCAGGCAUUGUGAAAUAACGUAUUUUGUGUGACUUAAUUCUCUUAAGGAGAUUCCUGCCCUGUUUGUGGUUACUGUUGACCAGUAGAGGAUUGAAAUAGCAUUUCCAGAGCCAAAGUGAACUACAGUAUUAUUAAAUAGUAACUUCAAGCACUGUUGGGAGGGAAAAUAGGUUUUCCAAAGCUAAGGAUCUGAGGCACAGUUCACCAACCUAAGCGGUAAAGCUACGGACCAAGUUACCAUUUGUGACAUUCUUCUUUCAAGAGAAUGGGCUGGAAACUGAAAACAGCGGAAACUUUUCUCAGUAUUUUAGCUUUCUACAUCACGUCCACAGUAGGUAAGUACCACUCAUCUCUAUUGCAGAAGCUUCUUCCUAAUCCAUUUUCAUGUAAUGAAUAAACCCUAUCCUUGCUCUAAGCGUAUUUAUUAUAGCAUAUGCCACUUCACUGUAUGUAAAGAACUCUGUUGUGAAACAUGAUUUUUUUGUCGUUGUUGUUGGUGGUGUUGUUGUUGUCUUCAAGGUUCUUUAUGGACAUUUCUCCUCUGAACCAGCAGGGGAGGAUGAGGAGCCCAGAUCAGAAUGUGCUGACUUCAACAACACGACCUGGCUGGAGUACCGUCAGCAGGGCAGCAAGCUACAGGUGCAAUACCUGCUCCUGACACGCAAGAAUACAGACUGUGCCAGCCUCUUCAGUCAGGAGUGCCUCAGCAACAACACCUCCUACUUCAACUCUUCCUUACCCACCAAGAUCAUUGUCCAUGGAUACAGGUGAGGAGAAAGGGAGGGUGGUCAAACACUUGACACAGUAUGUUCACACUCUCUUUGAGGAGGUGGGCACAUAUGAAGUGCGAGGGGAUCUACAUAUAAAACGUACAAGCUAUCUCCCUCCCUCCCUCCCAGGGCUUGGGGCAGUAAGCCGUCCUGGGUAAAGGACCUGGCCCAGGCUCUGCUGCGGGCGCAGGAUGCCAACGUGGUGGUGGUGGACUGGGUCUACGGGGCUUCCUUCGCCUACAACCUGGUGGUGGAGAACUACAAGGAGGUGGCCGUCCAGAUCUCUGUCCUCAUCAACCAGCUCCAGGUCAGGGCCUACUCAUUUGUUUAUGUUUACAUACUGAUAAAUGCAAUCUCAAUGUUCACUGACAGACAGCAAAUUAAGUUAAAAGAAAUGAAAAUAAUGUAGAACUGAUGUCUGUCUCACAGAACCAUGGAUGCAAACUGGAGUCAUUUCACUUCAUUGGGGUUAGUCUCGGGGCACACGUCUCUGCAUUCGUGGGGACCCUGUUCAAGGGUGAGAUAGGGAGAAUCACAGGUGAGCUCCAUCUGUGUCUGACCCAUUAACAGUUCCACAGGGCAUUUCCUGUCUGCAGAACAAGGCUCUACAGGGCCAGACAACGACUGGUCACCACAAAGCAGGGCAGUCACUCACCCUUUCAUCUCUGCCAAUUGGACUGAAUGAGGCUUUGUGAAAGAGAGAGCGCGCUCCAGAAAACAACAGUGGCAGACAUUGAAAAGCGCCGCUCUGAAUUUGUGAAAGAGGGAGACGUUACCCUUCUGAGUACACACAAUGGCACAAUGCAUACAAUUGUCUGUCUGCACACUAUCUCUGGUGUUUUUGUCUGAGUAGAGGCAUUCAGCCCUGUGAUGUGAAGUAGUCUGAAUGUUUAGGUGCAGUAAUUCACAGCCGUAUGUGUGUGUGUGUGUGUGUGUGUGUUUGUGUGUGUGUGUGUGUGUGAGUGUGUGUGUGUGUGUGUGUGUGCCAUAUGCCCCCUCUUUUUGCUGUAAAACUGCCCCAUGGCAAAAUGAGCAGAAUUGCAUGAAAUUAGUUAUAAAAUGGCAAAAUCUUCUCUUCGCCCCAUGGCAACAUCUGUACAAUUGCAGCAAACUUGCUUUAAAACUGCAACAUUUUCUCUACGCCCCAUGGUAAAAUGUGUAGAAUUGCAGGAAAUGAACUCUAAAACAGAUUUUGAGGGGCCGCUUAAAUGUUUUACCCGCACUGCUCUAUAUGGAUGUUGGUACGCAGACCCACGGGCCACUGCGGCCACUCAUGAUGCAUUUUUUGUGAACCCCACCCCCAUCAAAGUUGCCCAUUGCUGCUGUAGCCUAUCACUCACUCACCUCAGUCAUUCACUGGUCUGUCUGAAUCUCCUCCUGUAGGUCUGGACCCAGCUGGACCCAUGUUUAAAGGAGCCGACACAUUUGACCGUCUUGACCCCUCAGACGCACUGUUUGUGGAGGCCAUCCACACAGACUCUGACUGUAAGAGAAUACACACAAAUAAUGUUUGGAUGCUAGUGUGUUCUGUUUUGUUGUAGGUCUAGUUCCUUGGAAAUUAUGUCUUAUUCACUACACAAAUGUUGGCGGCACCCCAGCAACACUGCUUACCUGACAAUCUCCUGAUAUCAGCCAUUUGUCUACAUUUUCUCUCAGACUUCGGCAUCUCCAUCCCUGUUGGCCAUGCUGACUUCUUCCUUAAUGGCGGGAUGGACCAGGCAGGUUGUGCACGCUCAAGGUUUGAGUCAAGUAAGUGCGUGCUUUUGCCGCCAAAAUGUUUAAUUGGUGUAAUAUUAUCUAAAUUGAGGAGGACAUCCUACUACAAUUGGCAUAGACCCCUGUGCAGAGGCGUCAUGCCCAUAGGGGGGCACAGGGGCACGUGUUCCCUCAGAUUUGUCCUUUAUUUUAAUUGAAUUUUUUACAUUUUUUGUUGUUUCUCUGUAAUACUACUAGCCCACCUAGCAAUUUUAUGAAGUUGGCUUUAGCUAGCCCAGAUAGGUCCGCAAUCUCCCAACCUGAUAACUAGCUAUCAAGAAGCCAUUUUAGGCUAUCAAUCAAGUUAGAGUAGCUAGCUUGUCUAGCUAUCUUAACUGGCAUGCCUGCUGGCAAGGUUGGUAGACUUUAGAAAAGCAAGCAAUUACUAAAUGUACUGAAUAAGACUCACAUUCCUUUCAAUCUUUUACCCAGAUUUUUACAGAGAAGUAUAUUUAGUUUCUUAAGAAAUAAGAACCACCAGUCAGAUGGAUACAGACACCUCAAGAGGUAUGCUUAGAUAUGCAGAACAAUAUACAUAUAUUUUUUAUAUAGAAUCAAUCAUAAUAAUUAUGGCUCUAAAUUGCAGGAAAAGCUGUUUCAGGUGUUUGAAAAAUGAUAUAUUCUACAACUUCCAUAAUGCCCCUGGGCCUGUGUAUGAUAGUACUAUAGGCCUACAUAAACAUCAGACAUAUCAUUGUCAACUAAGUACUAACAUUCACUACUAGCAAGAAUAUAUAUUUGGUGGUAAGCUGAUGGCUACCUGAGCCUCUUCGUUUGUUGUCAGUUCUUGUCUACUUUCCAGUGUAUGGGUACGUGAUCUGUGACCACAUGAGGGCGCUCCACGUCUACAUAAGCGCACUGAACGGGCCCUGCCCACUGACUGGCAUCCCUUGUUCCAGCUAUGAGGACUUCCUCAAGGGCCGCUGUUUAGGCUGCCAAGGUGCCUUCAAUGGCACAUGUCCACAAAUAGGUAGGGUUAUCAACAUGACAAACUUUCCUGAAAAUUAUACCAACCUGCUGUCUGUGAGUACUUUGAUCAUGCAAAUGUAAAAAUAAUAUAUAGCCACUUCAUACAUGUAUAGUAGACUAUAUGUAAACGAUUUUGAUCAUGUUCAAAUGUGUUUAGAGAGGAUAUUUUGAAUAGGCCUAAUCAUAUUCAAAGUUCCCAGCACACUUUCUAUUUUCACCUUAAUCAGGUUUCACUCAAUGAGAGAUAGGGCUUCUGUCUGACCUAGCUAGUGUCACGUCUGGUCUGGCGUCCAUUUACAGUAUCACUGUGGCGCACUGGCACUGCAGAUACAGUGACAGACUUAUACAGAUAAACCAGUUAAUGUACUCUGGAGCUCGUUCAUCUGUCAUAGAUGCAAUAGGAAGGGCUACUUUACAUCUCACUCUCUGUCUUUUGUACGUGCAUGUGUCCUUGUGUGUUUCAGGGUUAUUGGAGAACAGUGGUAUAACAGUCUCUCCUCUUCCUCAACAAGAGAAGCUUUUCCUCCUGACAACCUCUGCACCUCCUUUCUGUGGUGAGCAGCUAUAUCUAGCCUACCUCUAGUGAUCUCAGACUGACUGUCCAGCAGAAAUUUUUUGAAAUUUCAUGACACAUCCCCACUACUUUCACCCCACAGUUGAAUGGUUAAAUAAAGCAAUAUUUGAAGUGAUGAUGAUAAACUUAUUUUCCGUCCCCCUCCGCCACCCUCACCCCUCAGCCCAUCACAUCCUAGUGCAGCUGGAGGUGUCCCCCCUGGACAAGUCUGCUGAAGUGCAGGUGACCCUGAGAACUAGGGGACUUCCUGAAACAGAGCAUAGACUCAGGCUGUAGGUAUAACAACCUCUAACCUCACUGUUAGAGACACAAAAUGAUUUAGACAGCAGCAUGAAUCACAGCUGUUCACUUUAUGAUACGUAAACAUGGAUUAUAUUCUCAGUAACAGGCAUGCUGUGUGCGUGUGUGUAUUCCAGAGAGACAGACGGUACCGUUUACAGGAGGGUGAUAGCCCACCCGGUGCCACUGUGUAAGAUAGACUCCAUACAGCUGAAGAACACUGGAGCACGCUUCUACAGACAGGGAGACAUCCACUUUAUGUCUGUCUGCAUAUCAGAGUUCCCCUCUGUCGGGUAUAUGUCCUUUCAUCUAUUUAACACAUGCUCUCUCACACUCUCUCACACACAUACACCACACAGCAGCAUGCAGUAUGUGUGAGUGUACAUGUGUGUGCAUAUGACACUGUUUCUCAUCUGUUUCCCUUUCAGAGAAGUGUUGUCAUUGUGUGUGAAGAAGAUUGACAUAAGACGAGGAUCUCCGUGGAACCAUGAUUUUGUGCAGCUGUGUGGGAGUUAUUGAGAACCCUUAUGUACUAAACACACACACAGCCUAUGAACCAACAUCUGUUUCUUUCUCUCUGUCAACAUCCCGAUAGUUCUGAAACAGAAUCCUAUCCUCAUCUCCUUUCCUUUGUCAUCAAUGAUGUGGAAGGCUUUGAUAGGUCUAAGCAGUAAGGAGGAAGCCUAUGCUGUGGUCCUCUGUAGCUCAACUGGUAGAGCACGGCGCUUGUAACGCCAAGGUAGUGGCUUCGAUCCCCGGGACCACCCAUACACAAAAAAAUGUAUGCACGCAUGACUGUAAGUCGCUUUGGAUAAAAGCGUCUGCUAAAUGGCAUAUUAUAUUAUUAUUAUAUGCUGUCCUUAUCAUUAGUCAUGAAGGAAAGGAAAUGAUGAGUUUUAUUGGGACGCAGCCUGUUUCCAGCUCACACAGAAACACACACAUGCAGCCAAGUAUAUUGCAAAUAUACAUACAAACACACACACAUACACAUUCAUAUGUUACUGUUGGACCACCUACAGCCAGACUAUGCUACAAUUUUCUUAUUGUUACAUUUCUUUUGUAUUUUCUAACAGCAUUAGUAUUGCUGUACAUAAUCAUUCCAAUGCAGCUAAAUGUUACUUAAUUAAUAUAUUCUGUUGAAGCAAAACAGUUCUGAGAAGCAGGGGUGAGCAAUGUGUUCAAUGUGAAACUGUGAUGAGUUUGAAUAACUCAUCAUGAUAAACUUCAAGACUCAAUCUUAUUCUGACUGAGGAUGGAGGAGAGAGGAGACAUAGAUGAAAAAAUGACAGUCAAUGCAUUUUCACCAAGAGCUUUAUGGAGAAAGAUUGGCCCCAUGAAAAUACAUUUUUAUCACAUUAUGUAUAUAUGUAGGCCCACAUUUUUGGGGGAAAACAACACAAACAAAAUACUCCUGUUCUAUGUUUUUCAGACUAAAUUUACAAUGUGUGAGACAUCUCACGUUCUCAAGCACAUACACACAAUGCAGAAGUGUGUGUCUGCCUGUUCAAUUUGGAAUCAUGAUUUGAAAAUAUGUAUGUAUGAAGAGAAAACCAUUUUAGCAUGCUCUCAGUCAAACAUUAUUCUCUCAGAUUAUGUCUGCACAAACAAACAAGAUUAACGUGCCCCUAGCUAGCCAACCCAACCCCGGAUGUUAAAAAAUCUAAUACACAUGAUUAGUUUAAUGUGGAAUCACAAUAUCAUAAUCCUAUCUAACACAAUCUCUAAGUCAAAAGGCUUUCCAUCCAGAUGAAUGGGAGAUGUGAGUGACAUAAUAAAAAGAGUAUACCGUCAUUUCUGUGACAUUAACUAAUAAAUUCAGUUUUAUAACAUAAUUCUGUUCAGUGUCCAGAGUCUCUCUCUCUCCUUUAUUGUCACGCACAGAUGACAUCACAGGAGUGAGAUAAUGUUAGGUGAGAGACUAGGAUGUGGUGUUGGGUGGGCCUGAUUCCACCCAGGACAGUGGUGAUAGUUAUAUCCCAGGUUGUCUUUCCUGCAGUUCCACUGGUCAUCUCAGGAAAAUGCUAUAGCUAUGUAUAAACAUUUUGUGAUAGUGUUAUAAUCUGCACAGCACGACUGUAAUAAAGACAACCUGGAACUGUUUGCACUUUGGGUAAAACUAUCACAGUUUAGGGGUGUCCGUGGGGGCCAGAGGAGCUCUCCCUCUUUGGUAUCGCAUUGGUAGAGUCCCAGUGGUUUCCCCUCCUGUGGAAUCAACAGAGAAAUCUGUCAAAAAACACAAGCAGAACUGUUCCUACGACAACCUUCCUUAUGGCAGGCAGGCAGUACAGAGAGUAUUUCAUUUUCACCUAAAUGCUAUGUACCAUGCCUUACAGCUUAACAUACAGGAUAGUGUAGGGUUGCAACAUGAUCUCACAACGAAUGCUCACAUUGGUCGAAUUACACCAGCAUAGUCCUCACAUUCCUGACACCUGAACUGGUUAACAGUGAGAGAUGGGGGAACUACUGACCUGUGAUGUCACAAUGACAUUGGAUUGAUGGGCUGUUCUCUGAGCCUGGCUGGUCUCUGCUUUCAUAUGACCCACAUCCCUCGCCCUUCUCUCAUCCCUCGCCCUUCUCUCAUCCCUCACCCCUGUCAUUCACCAGCUUGCCGUAGCCACUGUCUAACUGACCAUAGCCUGUACCUGAAGGUCAGCAGCAGCCAUUACAAUGACAGCAGAGCCAGAGCCCUCCACCAAGCACCCGGCAGCUGUCCUGGAAUCCAACCCCCCUCUUGCUCCCCUCUCCCUCCUCUCCCCCGCCGCCCGAAACACGAUCUGCCCCCAAUUGGGUCAGGGAGGAUUUUGGGAUAGCGGGGAAAAGGGAGGGGGAGUGGGUAGGCAUGUGGAUUAAUGGCAUGGCACUGGAUCUCUGACUGCCAGGAUAUCCCCAGUUUCCAGCAGGCUCUAAUCAUUGUCUCCGUCAGAGAAAACACACAGUUGACUGCCAGCCCCCCACCACAACCCUGCUGUCUCUCCAUCCUGUUCCAAACUACAAACCUCCAACAUACAUACAGAUGGUACCCCCAUCUGUUUGAACCAACAUGAGCUACCAGGGUCACUCUGCGGUAAACUGUUUUGUAAACUUUCAUAAACUGUAGCUCAACACUGUUUUUCAUCUGGCCAAGCCUUGGAAUCCAGCCAGAAAGGACAGUCUAACUAACCUAGCUAAACAAACACACUCUCCAUAUACACUCUACACCCAGCUACCAAGAGGGCAUGCCACAUACCGGGAGAGGAGUGGGGGAGAGGCUGUAAUAUACUGUACAUACACUACUGGUCAAAGGUUGUAGAACACUUACUCAUUCAAGGGUUUUUCUUUAUUUUUUACUAUUUUCUACAUUGUAGAAUAAUAGUGAAGACAUCAAAACUAUGAAAUGACACAUGGGGAAUCAUGUAGUAACCAAAAAAGUGUUAAACAAAUGAAAAUAUAUUUUAUAUUUGAGAUUCUUCAAUUAGCCACCCUUUGCUUUGAUGACAGCUUUGCACACUCUUGGCAUUCUCUCAACCAGCUUCACCUGGAAUGCUUUUCCUACAGUCUUGAAGGAGUUCCCACAUAUGCUGAGCACUUGUUGGCUGCUUUUCCUUCACUUUGCGGUCUGACUCAUCCCAAACCAUCUCAAUUUGGUUGAGGUCGGGGGAUUGUGGAGGCCAGGUCAUCUGAUGCAGCACUCCAUCACUCUCCUUCUUGGUAAAAUAGCCCUUACAGCCUGGAGGUGUGUUGGGUCAUUGUCCUGUUGAAAAACAAAUGAUAGUCCCACUAAGCCCAAACCAGAUGGGAUGGCGUAUUGCUGCAGAAUGCUGUGGUAGCCAUGCUGGUUAAGUGUGCCUUGAAUUUUAAAUAAAUCACAGACAGUGUCACCAGCAAAGCACCCCCUUACCAUAACACCUCCUCCUCCAUGCUUUACGUUGGGAAAUACACAUGCAGAGAUCAUCUGUUCACCCACACCGCGUCUCACAAAGACACGGCGGUUGGAACCAAAAAUCUCCAAUUUGGACUCCAGACCAAAGGACACAUUUCCACCGGUCUAAUGUCCAUUGCUCGUGUUUCUUGGCCCAAGCAAGUCUCUUCUUCUUAUUGGUGUCCUUUAGUAGUGGUUUCUUUGCAGCAAUUCGACCAUGAAGGCUUGAUCCUCUGAACAAUUGAUGUUGAGUUGUGUCUGUUACUUGAACUCUGUGAAGCAUUUAUUUGGGCUGCAAUUUCUGAGGCUGGUAACUCUAAUGAACUUAUCCUCUGCAGCAGAGGUAACUCUGGGUCUUCCUUUCCUGUGGCGGUCCUCAUGAGAGCCAGUUUCAUCAUAGAGCUGGAUGGUUUUUGCGACUGCACAUUAAGAAACACCCCACCUUGUCACAACACAACUGAUUGGCACAAACGCAUUAAGAAGGAAAGAAAUUCCACAAAUUAACUUUUAAGAAGGAACACCUGUUAAUUGAAAUGCAUUCCAGUUGACUACCUCAUGAAGCUGGUUGAGAGAAUGCCAAGAGUGUGCAAAGCUGUCAUCAAAGCAAAGGGUGCCUAUUUGAAGAAUCUCAAAUAUAACAUAUAUUUUGAUUUGUUUAACACUUUUUUGGUUACUACAUGAUUCCAUAUGUGUUAUUUCAUAGUUUUGAUGUCUUCACUAUUAUUCUACAAUGCAGAAAAUAGUAAAAAUAAAGAAAAACCCUUGAAUGAGUAGGUGUUCUAAAACUUUUGACCGGUAGUGUACAUAUACAGUAUAAUAAGAGUUUUUGGGGUGGAGAUCCUGAGAUGGAGUGUAGGUCAACUUUAGAACAACAAUCCUCAGAGACAGAGAGACCUUUGGGGUUGGGUGGGUACCCAAGAGGCGAGGUGUCCCAGUUCAGCCAACUCUUUGGUCAAUCUAAUGUUCUUUCUCUCAGGCACAUUGAUUUUGACCAAAACAUUUAUUGAUUUGACUAACUCACUCUUUAAACGUUCAUAUCAUUUUCAAAAGCGAAAGAGCAAGCAGUGUAUAGCCUCCGCAUAAGAUAUGUGCAAAAACAAACAAACAGAAAAUCACUUAAAUCAUUGCAAAGUUGAAAUGAUGUUCUUUACCACAGGGCAUUGCCAUUUUAAAGCUGGAUUAGUGAGAGUGUGGACACAGCAAGCAAAACACGCAACCCCCCGCCCAGCACACCCUCUCACUGCACACAGGUGUACUUACAUGUAGCUUAAGUAGUGGCCCAGUGUGUUAGCUCCAGCAACCUGCCCUCUACCUCAAAUAAUCCCUCUCACUCCCAUAAUCCAUUAAGGACCCGGUCAUAUCAGCAAAAUCCUCCAGGACCAGACUGGUGGAGUCCUCACCAGAGGGCAUCUCCAUGUCUGAGGGCCAGGGCUGACGCUGGGAGGGUGGGCCCCGGGGUUGGUGGGGGGUUGCCGUUGAUGGGGUGGGGGACUUCUCUUGGAUCUGCAGCCGUGGGGUCGGGGGUGUUGUAGGCUCUGACUUCUGGUAGGCUGGCACCGGGUCCACAUCCACCACUGCUGCCUCCUGCUGCUCCACUGGGGCUACCUGGUCCCUGGCACU